UUUAAAGUUUAUUUAUUUUGCUUUUGUUAAUGUUAAAAAGAAUACAAUUUUAGGUACACUUGCACAAUUUUUAUAGAAAGCGCAGUGAGUAGGGGGUGCGAAACAUUUACUUUUUUCCAGGGGGUUUUGAAAAUAUAAUUUAGAAGCACUGUGUUAAAGUUAUUUAAAAUUUAAAAUGGUUAAAUGGUUUAUCCUGCUUUGGACUUUUGCUUUUAUAUAAUGGUAAAAUACCUUUAAUUUUAAUGCAACAGUCUGCAAUCUUGCUUGUUCUGCUUUGGUGCUACUAUUAAAUGAUUUUUGUGCUGUGCAAGACUAUUUUAAACUUUUUUUUUAAAGCAGCACACUCCUUUUCCGCACAAACCAUCACAAGGGCAACAUAAGGAAUUGAGACAAGCUUUGCUGUAUUUUGCGAGAGGUCAUCUUCAUGCAGCUGCCAGCAUAUCACCUUAACUAAAUGUCUUUUUUUUAUUACAGGAAGGGAGAAAAGUCUAUAUGAAGUGGACAUGUAAGUUUUGCAUAUUUUCCACAUCUAAUCAGCGCAGUGUAAUAAGACACUACAAGUUGAAGCACGGACAUUACAGCAGGUCUUGUCCCUUGCCCUGCAUCUACAGUGACUGUGUUUGCACUUUUAAGACUCAGGUGGCUCUCAAAAAUCAUUUACUUAAGCAUGAAACAGUGACUAGUCAAAUUCAAGAUUCUGUAACUCCUGGAAGUAGCAUUGUUACAUAUAGAUUGCAUUGUGAACUAUGUGAGUUUUCAAAGUCAUGUACACUUCAAAAUUACUUUGUUCAUCUGCGAGUCCAUUUGAAAAAUAAGGAAACUUUAAGGUGCCCUUUCCAGCAUUGUCUUUUUAAGUCAAAUGUAUAUUCCACAUAUACAUCACAUAGAAGUAGAUAUCAUAGUGGUUGUGUUUUGAAUGAUUUAAGACCAGAAUUAAUUCAUGAUCUACCAGCAACAGCAAGUGAGAUAUCUGAUGUUACAGCAAUAGACAGUGAUGUCUCUCAAGGUGAUUUUUUAGUAGAGGAGGAAUUUGAAGAAGUUAAUGAAGAGUCAAUCAAGCAUAGACUAGCGUCCUUAUUCUUGCGUAUGCAGACAGUCCUUCAUGUAUCUAAGUCAGCUACACAGGAAAUAGUAGAAUCACUCUAUGAUAUUGGUACUUUAGCUGGAGAGUACACAAAGAAAUCAAUUGAAAAUGUGUUGAAGGAGCACAACUGUAACUCUGAAGGACCCCUGUUGGCAUUAUUGACAGAGGUUGUAAAAGAAACAAAUCCACUUGGUUUUCUUUUAAAGAGUGGUCCAUUUGGCUCUGAUCACAAAAGAUCAAAUUUUUUCAAAGAUAAUUUUCCAGUCAUUGAACCAGUAGAGUAUUUACUGGAUGCAGAUGAGAAAAAAAGUUUUGUGUAUGUGCCCAUACUUCGUGUCUUAACUGAAUUGCUGAGUAGGAAUGAGAUCCUUGACAAAGUAUUAGAUAAAUCUUGUGUUAAUUCACAGCCUGACCAGUUUAAGUCAUUUCGUGAUGGCCUUUUCUUCAAAGAAAAUCCACUAAUCUCCAGAGAUGAGUUAUCAAUAGCAGUUGGUUUGUAUAUCGAUGAAUUUGAGGUGUGUAACCCAUUAGGUACCUCUAGAAAAAAACAUAAAGUGUGUGCUGUGUAUUGGGUAAUCUUAAAUCUUCCAAUCAAACAUAGAUCUGCCCUGUCAUCUAUUUACCUUGCAGUUUUGUGUAAGAGUGCUGAUUUAAAAAAAUUUGGUUAUGAUAUUGUUUUAGAUGCUCUUUUGAAAGACAUCCAAAUACUUGAAAACCAAGGUGUUUUUAUCCAGCGGUUAGGGGCAAAUGUCAAAGGUACUGUGGGUUUUGUCUCUGCUGAUAACUUAGGAGCACAUUCUCUUGCUGGUUUUCAGGAAUCUUUUAAUGUAGAUAAGUUUUGCAGGUUUUGUUUGGCAAGUCGCAGGGAUAUUCAGACAAUUGAAGUUGGAAAAGAUUUUUUUCCUCUCAGAACUAAACUGUCUUAUGAAGCCAGUGUAUCAAAGCUCAAACAGGACACUGAUUUGUUGUGUGUUGAUGGUGUCAAAAAUGACUGUGUUUUAAACAAGUUGACCUAUUUUCACGCUGUAACGGGAUUCCCACCUGAUGUCCUACAUGACUUACUAGAGGGAAUUGUGCCUGUUGAACUUAGCUUGUGUCUGCGGAAAUUGAUUUCUGACGGAUAUUUCACACUUGACGAAUUAAACACUGCCAUUCAGAACUUCCCAUAUUCCUUCUCAGACAAGACUAACCAACCUCAAAGACUAACAAAGACUUUUAAAGCUCAUGGAACAAUUGGGGGCAAUGGACAUGAGAAUUGGACUCUUUUGCGGUUGCUACCCCUGAUGGUUGGUCAUCUGAUUCCAGAGAACAACACAACUUGGAGAAUAUUGCUUGAACUGAAAGACAUUGUGGAACUUCUUUCCUCUUCUGUGUUUACAACUGAAUCAUUGUGCUAUUUGGAGUACAAAAUAUCGAACCACAGGCAGUUCCUGCAGGAGGAUUUCCCGGACUUCAAGUUACGACCCAAACAUCAUUUUAUAGAACAUUAUCCCUACCUCAUUCGUUGUUUUGGACCAUUACUUGACUGUUGGACUAUCCGUUUUGAAGCUAAGCACAGUUUUUUUAAAAAAGUUGUCCGUGAUGUGAACAAUUUUAAAAAUGUUUUGCUCACAUUAGCUAAAAGACAUCAACUCAUGCUGGCCUACUUCCUUGACCUGCCCAGUCUUUUUAAGCCCCCAGUGGAAGCCAGGAAUGUGAUUCAUGUUUCUCCAGACAUUUUGGAUUAUUCACUGAGACAGGCCAUCAAGUCAAAGUACAAAGAUGUCUCAUCCGUGUGUCUUACAUCUCGCGCCUCUCUGCAUGGCACUGUGUACGCUGAGGGCAUGUUUGUGUCUCUUGGUAGCACAAGUGGCCUCCCAGAUUUUGGCAAAAUUCUCAAAGUACUAAUUGUUGCAAACAAGGCUUCAUUCAUCAUUGAGCGUUUUUCUUGCUGGUACUUGGAGCACCUCAGAUGUUAUGAACUUAACAAGAAAUCUUCUGCAGAUGUAGUUAUUGCUGAACCAGAAGAACUGAACAGCUACUGCCCACUAUCUCCUUACCACCUUCAAGGAAGACUCUUGGUCUCACCCAAGGAUUUUCUACUACAUUAGAGAUCUUUUUCCGUAUUUUCCCAUCAACAUCAAGCCAGCAUGUUGCUUCAUGUCAUACUUUCAGAUGACAACAUUCAGAGAGUUUGUACUGAAGCUCUUCCAGAGACAGUGGAUGAGCUGAAGUUGAUGUUAAUGACCCGUUUGAACCUGGAAGGCGAGGGCGAGAUGAUCAUCCAAUUUCAAGAUGAAGAAUUCAGAGGGGAAUUCUGUAAUCUCAACAACAUGCAGGAUUUACAUGGUGAAAAAAUUAAACUAAAGGUCAUCAUGAAGGCACCACCAAGCAUUCCACAGUCAGACGACACACCGGACACUGAAAGCUUAGACACAUCUUGUUGGUCCUCAGGCGAGACAUCUGGACGCUCAAAACCCUGGCCGAAUCCGUUCCCCAUACCCACUUUCUCUUAUGACAUUGAGUUAAAGCUCAGUCGAGGAAAUGAAGAUUAUCAGAGGGAUGGUUCCCUUUUGCCUCUCUCGUCUCACACUGACAUAAAAAUCGACAUUCUUGACAAGGUUGGUCGUGCCAUGUAUGAGUACAAUGCCUAUCCAACUCAGAAACAAAUAGAAGAAGUUGCCAAAGCCCUGGUUGAGAAACACCCAUGCUUAAAAGAGCCAGGUUCAAAAGAGGGAUUCUACUGCUGGAAGUUUAGUCUCAGUUUCAAGAUGGGGAACCUGCGUCAGAAGUUUCGUAUUGCUGGAUCGCGUGAGCUUGCAGUAAACCGCAAGAGGUCAGCAGGGCAGAUAACCAGAAAGAUGAAGAAAGCAAGGCGGUGCGAGACCAAUUUUCUCCCAGACUUCCCUCAAGGAAGAACUUCCAACAGCCUUGAGGAGGACAGAGAAUCUCUACUAGAUGAAGUCAAGAAGAAGAAGCCAGAUUAUUAUCUAAUUAAUUCACUUAUGGGCCAGACCUUUGCACUUCGCAGAAAGGAAAUAGUUGGGAACGAGCCACUUGUGACGGAGAUUCAAAGCAGGUGGCCAGCUUUGUUUUCAGAAAGACAGAUUGGUGCUGAGUUCACACGUCUAGUAUCUGCUGACCUUCUGAAGUCCUUCCUGAGUGGACUUGAUCGAUAUUUGCCAAGAUUGAUCAACUUGUAUGAAGCACAAAAGCAACGGAAAACAAAUCUGGGACAUGAUGCCAAGCUCCAGAGUCUUCUUGUGUCUUUUGAUUCUGUUAAGUCCAACCAGAACAGGAGAUCCACUGCACUUCUUGCACUUCCAUUCAUCUUAAAAGAAGAUGUCUCAAACUUCAUUAGGUUCUCAGAGACCAUGGACGCUGCAGAGGUCCCAGCAGAGACGAAAGAAUUGAGUGUCAGCCUACUCGUCACCACAGACCAAAACACGGAGAUGACAGCUCAGUCAAAGAACGUUGUGAAUGUUUCCAUAAUCUUGGAGGGGUGCAUCGUUUUGCGGGAGUUGCGAGAUCUACCAAAUGGCUUUGCAGUGCUGAUCGGACUACUUUACUGCCUCAACAUCGAUUAUCCAAAGGAACUGAAGUACACCUUUGAAUUCAUCCAAAAGGUAAUCAUGGACAUUGGGGGUAGUGCAUGCUCUGCUCGCGUUCAUGGACUGCGGAACAAACUGCUUCAGAGAACAAUGUAGAGACGUUCUUCAGAAAAAAAGCAGGUGACACAUUAUUUUUGUUUGAAUUCUCUACAGUUGGAAUUUACAUUUUUGUGAACUGUUUUAGGAGUCUCUGUUUAUGGAAAGAUGCAAAAAUGUUCUGAACAAAUUCCUGUGUUAGUUCAGUUGGACUUAUUUUUGACACAUUUGUAAAAUGUGUAAUUGUAAACUUUGAAGUGUACUGUUUAGGAGAAAGCAAGUUAUUUGUUCUGUUUUGUGACACACACACGCGCACACACACACACCGAAACAUCAUCCCGCACAGUGACAUGUGAAAAAAAAUGGUUCUAUAUUUUAGUUGUGUUACAGUGUUUAAGAUGGUAAGCCAACUGGUAUUACUACUUGCAAUGAUACUAUGCGUAUAUCUCCAUAAAAUUUUACAACAAACAUUGACACAUAUGUGAGUUUUAAAUGUUGUUCUUUUCUUUGUUUCAAAAAGAUAAUUUUAUACUAUUUCAAUAGCAAUGCUUUUGAAAUAAAAAUUUUCACAAAUU